AAGAUUUUCUAUAGUCAGUGAAGACCUCAUUGAGGGGGGACCAAACAAGGAGAUUUGGUGUUAGACUCCAGCAGACCAAACUCUGACCUGGGCAGGUAUUGAGGAUGUGGGUUCCGUUACGUUGGAGAAAACGGAAAUUUUGUUGUUUUCAUCGUUUCUGUAUUUUUGGAUGGUCGGCGAGAAAAGAUCAACCAGCUCUGGACGCCUACUCUACAUGCAGCUUAAAAAUGUCCACUAAAAAACUACACACAUCUAUAUAAGACAUAAGAAAAAACAACAACCAAUGAAAGAAAGGCUGACUGCUGACCAUUGGCUAAACCGAUGCUAAGGAUGAGCUGAGUCGGCCGGCGACACUUCUGACGUUGCUAUGACAACACCAAGCGUCACUCUGACCGAGUUCAUGUCCACAGCCAAGCCGCAGCCUCGCUCCGACCAAUCAGCGUUGAACACGUCCGACCAUGAGGCAGCCGGCUAUCUCAGCACGGCCACCAUGUUGCAGCACAUCAACGUCUCUCAGCACUGGGAAUUCCCCAACGCCUCUUUCAACCACCCCCUCCACAACGGAAGCGACGAGUACGUCUACAGCUCCGGCGGGUUCGGCUACCACUUGCCUAAAUACGGCGAGCCGGUUAUGAUAAUUAUCUGCAUCGUCCUCGGAGGGAUGAUCUUGGCCAUCAUUCUUGGGAAUAUAUUCGUCAUCACGGCUAUAGUCGUGGAGAAAUCUCUACAGGGUGUUUCAAAUUACCUCGUUCUAUCUUUAGCCACCACGGAUCUUUUAGUUGCAGUGCUAGUUAUGCCCCUUAGUCUAAUUAACGAAGUAAGCAUCCAUUGGUUUCUAGGGAACGCCGUGUGUGACAUGUGGGUUUCCAUGGACGUUCUAUGCUGCACGGCAUCAAUCCUCCAUCUUGUGGCUAUAGCUUUUGACCGCUACUGGGCCGUGUCCAACAUCGACUAUGUCCGCAGUAGGAACGCUAGACAGAUUCUUUUCAUGGUAGCGAUCGUGUGGAUGGUGUCCAUUUGUAUAUCUAUACCGCCGUUGUUCGGUUGGAGGCAUGACUCUGACGGGCCGGAAUUAUCCGGUCAGUGUUUGAUAUCCCAGGACCACGGAUACACGAUAUUCUCGACGGUCGGCGCCUUCUACUGCCCGCUGCUGCUCAUGUUGGUGAUCAACUUCAAGAUCUACAGGGCCGCGAGGUACCGCAUCAGGAAGAAGCGGUUUGGUGGGCGUCCGCCUAAACAAGCUUCUCUUCACGUCCCGCUUCCUGUAGUAACCUUGGAAACGUCACAGCGAACUAACACGAGACAUUCAUCAGGAAGUGACGUCAGUCAAGAUGGUAUCAGCAUGUACAUGCCAUCAUGCACCAAUGCUAAUGACGUGACAAGAGUGGAUAUGGAAUCUCCGUUGGAUGUCCAAGAAAACGGUCAAGCACUUUUAGAUCCGGAUUCCAACCUGACACGUCUGUUAUCCAACACAUUGACAGUCCCGGCAUGCACCGUGAAUGUCGGCCUGACAAGGCCAGGCAUGCCGUCCAACAAUAACGUCAGUAAGCGCAUGCGCCGCGGCGAUAAAGAAAGGUACAGGCGGGAAAAGAUGGAAAUGCGGCGGGAAAGGAAGGCGGCGCGGGUGUUGGGGAUCAUCACCGGUGCCUUCGUCGUCUGCUGGCUCCCGUUCUUCAUUGUAGCCGUGGUGACGCCCCUGUGUGGGCACUUCUGUGUGCCGGAGUACGUGCUCAGCUUGUGUCUGUGGCUGGGCUACUUCAACAGUCUCAUCAACCCCAUCAUCUACACCAUCUUCAACCCCAGCUUUAGGUGUGCUUUCAAUAAGAUUUUUCUACGCAAGAUCAAAUCUGUAAAUAGACUAACGUAGCGAGAAUCGGACAUCUUGAAUGUAUACGAACAAACGUUGUUGCAUAAUUUGUAUAAUGACCCAUGAACAACUCGGUGAUAAUAUACUGCAGUUAUUUUUUUAUGUAUUCUAUCUUGUUAUUUCCAAUUUAUUUAUGUCAUAUUUUAUUAUAUACACGUUGAUUAAA